CACCCCAGAGCAUCACCUGCAGGGUCCCCGGCACCUGCCCCGAGCAUCCCUCGGAGCAGUCCGGGCUCCCCGAGCGUGGCCCGGCUCAUCCCCGAGCAUCGCUCGGAUCGGUGCGGGCACCCCGAGCGUUCCCAGCUCGUCCCGGGCUCGCCCCGAGCAUCCCCCGGCUGGCCUGGAGCACCUCCCGCCUCGGCCCUGAGCAUCCAGCGGCUCUCCCUGGGCAUUCCCCGGCUCAUCCCGAGCGCCUCCCGGCUCUCCCCGAGCAUCCCCGGCUCGUGCCAGCCCUGCCCCCUUGCUCCGGCCGCGUCUCCAGGGAAGAUGCUCAACGUUAUGGAUUUCUCCUGCCCGGAUCCGCUUUACUCCAAGUACGAGGAGAGCUGCGAGAUGAAAACCGGAGACCUGCAGGGCUUGGGGCAGCCUGAGCAGCAACUUCUGGCAGAGGCCGAUUUCCUUGGAGGUGAGCUGCUGGGUGUCCCCGGCAGCGGCGGGGCCGUGGAUUACUCCCUGCUGGGCAGCCAGCCCUCCCCUUCCCUCAGCUACACCGGCAGCUUCUUCAUCAAGGCGGUACCGGAGCACCCGCAGGACCAGGAGUCCCUCUUCAACCUGAUGUCGGGGAUCCUGGGCAUCUCCCCCUUCGCCUCCCCCGAGGGCCACCAGAGGCACCUGGACGCUCUUUACCCCUGCCCCGAGGUGGCUCAGAGCCAGCUGGACCUGUACCCGUCGUGCCAGCCCGAGAUGAGCGGAUCCAGCCCAGCCCCGUUCCCGGAGCCGGGCUACGGCGCCUUCGCCGCGGCCGAGGGCGCUCAGCCCCUGCAGGCGCAGCCCGCGCUGGGAAACACCUCCCAGUGCUUCUUCCAGCCCAAGCUCCUGGACAGCAAGCAGGACAUCAAGCUGUCCUCCGGCUCCCCGCCCCUGGACAAGUUCAAAGCCACCUGUGCCCAGUGGGAGCCCAUCUCCCAGCAGCACCAGGCCUACUUGCCCGCCGGCUUCCACUCUCCCGAAGGCUUCCCGGCCACCGAGAGCGGCCAGGGGCUGUUCCACCCUCUGGGCUCCAAGAUGGAGAGCGUCUUGUCCGUCAGCUGCCAGCCGGAGCUCGGCAGCCUGGCAGAGGACGCCGCCUGCUUUGGAACCCAUCUGGGCUUCGGCUGCGAGCCAGAGAACUUCCCAGCCCGCGGGGACUUCGCCGACAGCAAGAUCCACAACCUCCCCGCGCCGUUGCUGCCGGACUUCGACGCCUCCCUGGCCCAGCCCGACGUCCUGCCGGGCCUGAUGAGCUCCGCCGAGCUCCUCCAUCCCCACCCCUCUCCUUCCGUGCCCCCCACGGACUUUCUGGGCCACCCCACGCCCUCCUCGCUGCCCUCCCUGCUGCCCGCCAACCCUCCCGCGCUGGCCGAGCCCAAGAAGAAGACGCGGCGCAGCAAGUGCUCCUCCAAGUGCUUCUGCCCCAAGCCCCACGAGAAGGCGUUCGCCUGCCCGGUGGAGAACUGCAUCCGCAGCUUCGCCCGCUCCGACGAGCUCAACCGGCACCUGCGCAUCCACACGGGCCACAAGCCCUUCCAGUGCCGCAUCUGCCUGCGCAACUUCAGCCGCAGCGACCACCUCACCACGCACAUCCGCACCCACACGGGCGAGAAGCCCUUCUCCUGCGACACCUGCGGCCGCCGCUUCGCCCGCAGCGACGAGAAGAAGCGCCACAGCAAGGUGCACCUCAAGCAGAAAGCCCGGACCGAGGAGAAGCUCAAGGGCUUGGGGUUCUUCUCGGUGGGGCUCUCCUUCGGGACACUCUGAACCUCCGGCCUGAGCGCUGGCAGGCGGCGUUUCCCGAGGUCCCCCCGAGCGUCUCACGGGAGAGCCGGGGUGGGAGCUCCCUCCCGGGUGGCCCCGGAGGAGAGGCGGCGGCGGAGCAGCGGAGCGCCCCGCGGGGAGGCGAGGCGAUGCCGCGGGGCCGGGCCGCUCCCCGCGGGGAUGGCGCGGGGCAGCCCCGGCCGGCCGGAGCCGCCUCCGGAGCGCGGGGACUGAGCCAUCUCACAGCUCCUGUUGCAAGGAGGGGGAAGGAGAGCCCGUGUACAGACAGACAUCGCCACCGAGGUGGGUGUUGUGGACACUCGGCGUUCGUAGCGCCCGGCUGUGAUUUCCCAAGGCAGCGCUUCGCAGGAUGUUCCUGCCUGGAGAUUUUCCGGCGGGCACGGUCGGGGCUGCGGCCACUCCCGUCCUUUCUCCCCAGGGAGAGAGACCCCACCGGGCUCUGGCAACUGGUGCUAACAGGCCCUUAGGAAAGGUGAUUUCAUUAUUAUUAUUUAUUAUUAUUAUUAUUAUUAUUAUUAUUAUGUUUGUAAAAAGAAAAGGCCUCUAUCAGGAAUAUUUAAAAUUUGUGUCUAUUUUUCUAAUUAAAGAUUUGA